AUGCUAAAAAAUUGUACAUUUUGCUCCAUUCCAGUGCCUGAUGACCUCUCCUUGGAAGAAAGAGAAGAGCUUUUAAAUAUUCGUCGCAGGAAAAAGGAACUGAUUGAUGAUAUUGAGAGAUUAAAAUUUGAAAUUGCUGAGGUUAUGACUGAAAUUGAUAAUCUGACUAGUGUAGAAGAAAGCAAAACUACACAAAGAAAUAAGCAAAUAGCCAUGGGAAGGAAGAAAUUCAACAUGGACCCUAAGAAGGUAGAGAAUUUUUUUUUCACUUGUUAGGAAUUAAGUUUCUGCUUGUAGUACAAUCUAUGACAAAUACUUUUAUGGUUUUUAAAGAAAUAUUUCUGAUAAUGUAAGUUCAUAGGCCCUACUUACACGUCCUGUAACACACCGAGCAGAGGGUUAAAUUGGAAGCAGCUGUCAGGUCAGAUGCCAGUUGUAUGCUUCUUUCACUUAAACAAAUCCCUUAUAAUGGAGGUUACUUAUCAACAACCAAAUAGGCCAGAUAUUGAUUGACCUGGCUUGCUUUGUUCCUGAUAGUGGUGUUCUAUGUUGAUAUGUCAAA